UCCCUCCAGUAGUAUAUGCUCUAAGUGUAUUAUUGACACUCAGUAUAUAAAGCGAUCACGUGAUACGUGCGAUAUAUCGUUAACUAUCGAGAGUUCCAAGUGUCAUUUAUGCGAUAACAUUAAGUUAGCCAUUUUUUUAGUAAAACAUCAAGUUGACAGUGAAGUAUUCUACUCAUUCUUCGGAAACUUUAAACAAAAAUUAAUAAUGGAGAAAAAUUUGGAGAAAACACUGGAUGACGUGAUCAGUGAAGAAGGUGUCAUUGGCUGUAUCUUAGCUGACCAUGCCGGUCUUUGCUUAGGAGUUAAAGGUAAUGCAUCAAGUGAUAGUGCUGGAGUGAUAGCAGCUAUAGCGGAUCAAGUUGCAAAACUAGAGCCAAAGUCUCCGACACCAAUCAUAUCGCUUCAAAAUGACAGCAGGCAAUGCCUUAUACAUAGGAAGGGGCCUGUGGUUGGUGCUAUAUACAAAGAUGUGUCAACUUGAAAUAAUUAUUAUUAUUUCCUAUAUAUAUAUAUAUAUAUACACCACUUGAAACAGAUGUAUGUCUCAAAAAAAGUUUAUGAGAAUAUUUUAUUAUUUAAAUAUGUGUGUUACUGAAUAAAAUUUUGAUACAUA